CUCGGAAUCCACCACCGUCUUUUAACAAAAUGUCGAAGGAAGCAGAGAAAUCAGAAAACGUUGUUGCUAUGGAAAUUGAAGAAAGCGAAGAAGCUAGAGAAGAGAGAUUGAAGCAAGAAUCCAUCAAUAACUUCAAUUUUUUGGAACGAGCUGUAGAAACCAUCGAGUCUAGAUUUACGACGCGAGUUCUGAGAACCACAACCUCCAUUCGAAAACGCUUAACACCUCAUAUCCUUGCUCAAGUCAUAAAUGACUACUUUGGCGAAGAUCCUCGUAAAGCCAAUCUCUUGAGCUACCUUGGAGAACAACCUGAUGUCUCAAUGAAAGACACGAGUGCAGACGAUACAAAGAAGGAGGCUCAUCUACCGGAAAUAGAAAUAUACCUCAAUCUCUUGGUGAUGAUUUACCUGUUGGACAACUCAAAGUUUGAACAAGGAACAGAGUUAGCAAACACAUCAGUAGAUCAGGUUGAAAAGUUAAACCGUAGAACGUUGGAUCAGCUUACCGCCAAGGUUUAUUUCUACUACGUGCGUUUCCACGAAUUGACUGAUAGACUUGCUGAGAUUCGACCAGUACUUUUGGCUGCGCAGCGAACGGCUACUUUGAGAAGAGAUGACGAUACACAGGCAACCUUACUCAACCUUCUACUCCGCAACUAUUUCCACUACAACCUCUACGAGCAGGCCGAUAAACUUGUCUCCAAGAGUACAUUCCCCGAAAAUGCCAGUAACAACCAAGCCGCACGUUACGCUUACUAUCUUGGUCGUAUUCGAGCGUUGCAAUUAGAUUAUACUGAAGCACACACACAACUGCUACAAGCAAUUCGUAAGGCACCACAGAACACUGCCACCGCAGGAUUCCAGCAAACUGCAUACAAGUUCUUUAUCAUUGUGCAGCUGUUGAUGGGAGAAAUCCCCGAGAGAUCGAUUUUCCGUCAACCUGUCCUUCGCAAAGCCUUGGUACCUUAUCUUCAUAUAACGCAAGCUGUCAGAAUUGGUGACUUGAAUCAGUUCCAAGAAGGCCUGGCCAAGUAUGGAGCCAACUUCAAGCGCGACAAGACAUACACGUUAAUUCUGCGAUUGCGACAUAAUGUCAUCAAGACUGGUAUUCGUAUGAUCAGUUUGUCAUACUCUAGGAUAUCACUGAGAGAUAUUUGCAUCAAACUGCAUUUGGAUGGCGAAGAGGAUGCUGAAUUUAUUGUCGCAAAAUCUAUAAAGGACGGUGUCAUUGAUGCUGUACUAGACCACGAUGGUGGCUAUAUGCGAAGCAAGGAAUCUGCUGAUGUUUAUUCCACCAAUGAGCCACAAAGCGCAUUCAACCAACGUAUCACCUUCUGUUUGAACCUCCACAACGAAUCUAUCAAGGCUAUGCGUUUCCCUCUUAAUGCUCAUCGCAAAGAGCUUGACAAUGUUCAAGAGGCUCUUGAGAGGGAGCGUGAGUUGGCACAGGAGAUUGCCGAAGGUGAUCUUGAUGAAGAUGAUGAUAUGGGCGACUUCUAAACCUCAUCCAAUCAUUGCGCUUUGGCUUGUCUUUGUGGUAUAUUGACGAAGGGGUUCCCUUUUAGCAUACGGCAUUUCGAAAGUAAUAAACAAAAACUCUUUGUCCAGUGUGUAUCUUGUUGUCAA